AUGCUCUGUCCUCGCACUAUAACUGCUUUCAGCCUUCGUAGCAAAACAUGGGAUCCGUACGAUGUUGCCAGCCUCAAGCCGGUGCAAUUUGCUGCAGAUGCAUGGAAGCGACUCGUGCUGAAAACGGAGUACAAGGAAAUCAUCUGGGCCAUGGUCAAGUCUUAUCUAGCGCACAAUACGGGGUUCCAGGACCUUGUUGCGGGAAAAGGCGAAGGCUUAGUUGUUCUACUCCAUGGGCCUCCAGGCGUUGGUAAAACCUUGACUGCAGAGUGUGUCGCAGAGUCAUUCAAAAAGCCGCUCUAUAUGGUGACUGCUGGAGACCUCGGAACAAAUCCCGAGACACUCGAGUCAAAGCUGUCAAGUAUUUUUGAUCAUGCUGUGGCAUGGGAUGCCAUACUGCUGCUAGACGAAGCAGACAUCUUUCUACAGAACCGAGACUACAACAACCUGCACAGGAAUGCGCUGGUAUCUAUCUUCCUCCGUACUUUAGAGUAUUUCAGUGGCAUCAUGUUUCUAACUAGCAAUCGGGUCGGUGCCUUCGACCAAGCCUUUCAGUCCCGAAUCCACAUCACAAUUGGCAUGCCACAAUUCGACGAAUCCCUCCGCAAAGAAGUCUGGAAGAUCUUCAUCCAAGACCUCAGCCGCAAACGCCGCGAUGGCUCACCAGCUCUCCUCUGGCGCGAAGAGUGUAAAGCACUGGGCAGCGAAGUGACUAAAUCUUGGGCUUCGCAGCCCCUCAACGGCCGACAAAACCGCAACUGUGUCAGGAGCGCUUUGGCACUGGCGGAAGACAAGGGCAUCAAGCCGGACGCGAGCCAUUUCAAUAAGGUCCUCAAGCUUGGGAACGCAUUCACACAGUACAUGACCAAGUUGCAGAAGGCGGAAGCCGAGGAGAUCGCUCAGAUCAAGGGAGAUCGAUUGGCAGCGAUGAAGGAUCUGAUGGCUCAAGACGGCACUGCUUAG